UGCCUAUAGUCUGCACCUUUGAUUGCCACACACUUUACCCUGAGACUGCACCUGCCAGACCUUUCUUUGGACCAUGCAUACUAAAGGAAAUUCCUGCUGCUGCUCUUUUGACGACUACAAGCAUACUUCUGAGUGGCUGCUAAGCCGGACAAGACACAGGCAGAUAGCUGUGGUGUGUGGCUCAGGCCUGGGCUUGCUGGCAGACAGCGCCACCAACAAGCAGACCUUCCACUACACCGAUAUACCCAACUUCCCCGUCAGCACAGUUCCCGGUCAUGAGGGAUGUCUGGUGUUCGGGAAUGUGAAGGACAAGUCUUGUGUCUUCAUGCAGGGAAGAUUUCACCUGUAUGAGGGUUACUCUCUGUGUAAGGUCACGUUCCCCGUGCGGAUCUUCAAGCUCCUGGGCGUCGAGACCAUCAUAGUGACCAACGCCUCAGGCGGCUUGUGCCAGGACUUCAAAGUGGGCGACAUCAUGAUCAUCAAGGACCACAUUAACCUGCCAGGCUUCGCCGGGCAGCACCCGCUGUGCGGACCUAAUGACGAACGGUUCGGGAUCCGCUUUCCCUGCAUGUCAGACGCCUACAGCAAGGACCUGAGGAAGCUAGCCAUGGACAUCAGCGCUGAGCUGGGCUAUAGCAACUUUGUCCAAGAGGGGGUUUACUGCAUGGUGAGCGGGCCCAACUUUGAGACCAUUGCGGAGGCCCGCAUGCUGCAAAUCCUGGGGAGUGACUCUGUUGGUAUGAGCACGGUGCCAGAGGUGACGGUGGCUAAACACUGUGGCCUGCGAGUCUUUGGCCUGUCCCUAAUCACCAACAAGGUGUCGCUGGACUACAGUCGCGAGGAGAAAGUCAACCACGAGGAGGUUCUCCAGAUCAGCAAGAUGCGGGCGGAGAUGCUGCAGCAGAUGCUCAACACCCUCAUCGCUCGCUCCCACCAGGUGGACCAGGGCAUCAACGGCAACUGAGGAGGAGGAGAGGGACGGAGGGUGGGGAAGGGAGGCAGGAGAGGUGGGGGAGGAAGGUG